AUGACGACCAAUAACACCCGCCUGGACGUUGAAGCUUUGCUCAAGCAGCUUAGCUGGGACGAGAAAAUCGAGCUACUUGCCGGUCAAGGGUCUUUCCGAACCACCGGCCUUCCUCAUCAUGGCAUUCCCGAGCUCAUCACCUCGGACGGCCCGCAUGGAAUUCGCGGCCGUCGAUCAUUUGCUCGGAAUCCAAGUCCCAUGUUGCCGUCCGCCACUGGCAUGGGAGCGACUUUCAAUGCCGAGUUACUCCACAAAAUUGGGAAUUUGCUUGGUGAAGAAGCUAGAGCAAGAGGAGUCCAUGUUUUGCUCGCCCCAACCAUCUGUCUACAACGAUCACCGCUUUUUGGACGAGGAUUCGAGGCUUUCGCCGAAGACCCUUUUUUGAGUGGAAUUCUUGGGGCGGCCUAUAUCAAUGGCGUGCAAGAAAGAGGAGUUGCAACCAGCGUCAAACAUUACGCUGCACACGAUCAGUCCGAUAAUUCCAUUGAGGACAACGUCUGUAUGACGCAGCGGACGCUGCGGGAAACCCACCUCAUGCCAUUUCAGUUGGUCAUGCGCGACGCAGACCCCUGGACCUUUAUGACUUCAUACAACAAGAUCAACGGGACUCACGUCAGUGAAGACCCUCUUCUUCUGAAGCAGAUCCUACGAGAGGAAUGGGGUUUCAAAGGCCUCGUUAUGAGCGAUUGGUUCGGCACAUACAGUACUUCAGAAGCUUUGAAUGCCGGCUUGGACUUGGAGAUGCCUGGACCGACACAGUGGAGGGGCAAGUGUCUAAGCUUGGCAGUCAACAGUCGGAAGGUGGCCCGUACAGCAAUCGACGAUGCUGUAAGAAAUGUUCUAAAUCUUGUCAAUAAGGUUACAGAUGCGGAACCGGCCAGCCAUUUCACGGCGUCGAACACACCCCAGCAGCAAGCCUUGAUUCGUCAAAUAGCUUCAGAAAGCAUUGUGUUGCUCAAGAACGACCGCAAAGUACUUCCCAUCACGAAAAAAGGAAAGAAGAGAAUUGCCAUGAUUGGUGAUCACGUCAAAAACCCUGCUCUAAGUGGCGGUGGAAGUGCCGAAGUCGAACCUUACUACUCCGUAACACCAUUCGAUGCCAUGGUGGAGGAAGUUGGCAAAGAGAACGUCUCAUACGCCCUCGGGUGUCAUUCUUUCAGGUUCAGCCCGCUCCUCAAGAACCUCGCACCUACGGAGCUGCGGCAUGAGGGCUUUGGGUGGUCCGUCGAAAUUUUCGGAGAAGAUCCAGACGAGCAUGUUGACGCUGACGUACUUGUGUCGGCCCAUGCACAAAAGGAGUUGAUUGACAUUCCUGAAAGCUUCCAUGCGUCGUUGCCGAAGAAGGUCUAUGCUAGAGCUCGAGCAACCUACACACCUUCUACCUCUGGCCCUUUCCGUUUUGGGUUCAGCACUUCCGGCAAAGGAAAACUGAGAAUCAAUGGGCAGGAAGUCGUUGACUUGUGGAGUGAACAACCGGUCAAAACGGGACCUACCCCAUGCUUCAAUCGACUUUCUAUGGAGAAGUUCUAUGAUACGACUGUCACUGAAGGGCAUCCCAUCAACUUGGAGGUUGUCCAAGUGAAUGAGGAUCUUUCCGGGGGCGUCGGUACCGCGUUGACUCUCGCAGGUCGCGUUGGCGGGUUUGAAGUCAUCGAUGAACAUUUGGCAAUUAAAGAAGCUGCCGAUCUUGCAAAGUCAGUCGAUGUUGCAAUCGUCGUAGUUGGUCUUUCCUCAGACUUUGAGUACGAGGGAGCAGACCGCAAACACCUCAGGCUCCCAGGUCGCGUUGACGACUUGAUUCAAGCCGUGCUCGAGGCUAACCCGGAUGCCAUUAUUGUGACCCAGUCAGGAUGCCCUAUUGAGAUGCCCUGGGAGUCCAAAGCAGCCACCCUGGUCCACGCAUGGUUCGGCGGCCAAGAGACCGGGCAUGGUCUCACCGAUGUUCUCUUCGGUAACGUCAACCCCUCUGGUAGACUUUCUCAAACUUUCCCAAAGUCCAUCAAGCAUACACCCGCGUACCUCACAUUCUCCAAAUCCGACUACGACAUCGUGUACGGUGAGGGAGUAUUCAUCGGCCACCGGUACUACGAGUCGGUUGAUAGAGACCCCCUCUUCUACUUUGGCCAGGGGCUUUCCUACUCAACAUUCGAAUACUCGAACCUUCAAGUACCCAAGAUCUUUGAGCCAUCUGAGGAGCACAAAAUGAGUAUCUCUAUUGAUCUGAAGAACAACGGCCCGUGCGAUGGCGCUGAAGUGGUGCAAAUCUACAUACACGACCCAGAGAGUACGCUUUUGAGACCCGUGAGAGAACUGAAGGCCUUUGCCAAGGUAUUCCUGAUCUUGGAUGAGAGAAAGACUGUGGAGAUGGUUCUUGACAAAUAUUCCCUUUCGUACUGGUCUCAGGAGAGAUCCAAGUGGAUUGCAGAGGCCGGGGACUAUGUCGUCAUUGUAGCUUCAAGCUCCAGACCGGAGGAUGAGAUUUUACGUGCUAGCUUCAAUCUCUCAGAGACAUUCUUUUGGGAAGGCAUAUGA